CAGACUCAAGGCCGCCCAGCACGGCUUAGCUCAGGGCGGCUGCACGGCAUGUGCAGUCAGGAUCCGGGAUGGACUUGUGCUGGCCCAGGACAUUUUUCUCCCUAUAGCUGCCGCUGCUUGGUGCUGCCUGCCCGGCCCGCGCCCCUCCUAUCUGCCCCAGCAGGUGGGCGGCACCUCAGUGCCCUUAUCGGGAGCAGCGGGUCAGCUGUCUGAGGCGAAGGCGUGGGGAAAUCAAAGGCGGGGUGCAGCAGGGGAGGGCAAAACAACUUCCCGCUUUCUCUCAGAGGCCCAGAAGGCUGAGGAGGUCCCUGGCCUUUCAAGUUGCUUUCUUCCAGCUGCCAACGCCAUCUGUAGAGGGAGGGCAGAGGCACUGGGGAGCCGCGCGGUGGCUUCCCCCGCCCCGGGGUCAGGAAAGUUCUGUGCAGCAGGAAGCAGCCCCCCAAGUUCCCACAGCCCCUCAUGGGUGGCGGAGGGGCGGCUCCCUCCCCCGCCCCGGAACCCUGGAGCGGGCAGCCAGAGGAUGGCUAACUACACAGUGGCCGAGGACGAGUACGACGUCCUCAUAGACGGAGACCUGGGCGGUGAGGAGGCGGACGUCUGCGACGAGUCUGGAACCGCGGUCCUGUCGGCCCUGCAGGCUGGCCAGCUCUGUGCGGCCCUGUUCGCGGCCGGCCUCCUGGCCAACAGCUUGCUUCUGUUCAUCCUGAUCAAAUACAAAGGACUCAGGCACGUGGAAAACAUCUAUUUUCUCAACGUGGCGCUGUCCAAUUUGUGCCUCCUGCUCCCGCUGCCGUUCUGGGCCGCAGCGGCCUGGCGAGGGGGAGGCCUCGGCCGCCCCGUGUGUGGAGUUCUCCUCGCGCUCCAGUCCUUGGGGCUGCAUGGGGAGGCUCUGUUCACCGUCCUCCUGACUGUGCAUGCAUCCCAGGUGAGAGGGCUGUCCGCGGGCCUCAGGACAGCGACCUGCGGCAUUGCCUUGGCCCUGCUGGCCUGGCUGACGGCCUUUCUGGUGACUCUGCCUGAACUGGUGUUUUAUAAACCCCCCGGGGAUGAGCAGGUGUCCCUGUGCUCCUUUAGCAGCCCUGGCUUUCUGCCGGCGGAGGAGACUUCCUGGGCGCGAGUUCUGACUCUAAAGAUGAACGCUGUGGUACUCUUGUUCCCACUGGUGGUUCUCCUGGGCGUCUGUCUGGGAAGGAGGAGCAGGCAGGAGCAGCGUGAGAGGUUCCAGCUCGUCUGUGCCAUGGCCGUCGUCUUCCUCUUGAUGUGGGCGCCCUACAAUACCGUGCUUUUCCUGUCCGCUUUCAAAGAGUGCUUCUCCCUGCGCGGCUGCAAGAGCGACAGCCAACUGGACUCGGGCCUUCAGGUCGCCAAGCUCAUCGCCACUGCGCACUGCUGGGCCAACCUCCCUCUGUGCGCGCUGCUGGACCCGGCUUUUCGGGGACACCUCUGCGGCCUGCUUCCUGGGUGUGGCCACAGCGGGCGCCAGCCCAGUGGCAGGGAAUCUUUGGGGGACAGGGGCACACCCCGGGACAGCCAGGACCUGGCCACGAGACUCUGACCCACCUAUGGAGGGCGUGACGUAUACACGGUGACUUGGUCUCUGGUGGUUCUGUGCAGCCUUUUACACCUUUGCGUGUCAGAUGGGAAACAGGGGAGGGUGGCACACGCACGUGCCAGGCUCUUCACACACCUGAACGCCUUCACUCCGCGCCCUGGGUGGGAGUGGCCCCAUUGCUUCGAGCAGGAAACUGAGGCUCGGAACGGUGUCUGAGGCUGCACCACUAGAAGGGACCGGCCUGAGACGUGAGCUGGGUACGGCCUCCAGCAGAGCCUGUGCUUUAUCCAUGCAUCCGACCGUCAGGCGCUAACCCACAAAAUACACACAAUAAAUAUGGGCUUUGAGCAGACGUGGCCAGUUCUACAUUCG